AUGCGGCCGUUUUCAGCCACAUCUCGCGCUAUGAGUGCGUACCUUGGCGCGUGUGCGCUGAUCGCUACGUUUGCCAGUAAGGUCGUCGCAGUACCUGCACCUGCAGUCGGAGUUGCGCCCGCAAAUGGCCAGCCUGUCACAGGCGGCUGCCCCAGCGGCGAGCAGUCGUACGUCUUCAACAACGUCGUCUACAGCAUCUGCCCGAACACCGACUUCAACGUCGACAACAUCCUCGACACCAAGGCUGCCUCUCCUCAGGCAUGCGCCGAAACUUGCAACAAGACCCCGAACUGCAAGUACGUCGUGUACGAGCCCAACGGCGGCUGCCACGUGAAAGCUUCGUCGGCGAAUCCCAACUGGAAGGUCAGCAACUAUUACUCGACCAUCACGGCCGUAUAUCAGGUGCAGCAAGGUCAGCAGAUCACCGGAAGCUGCCCCUUCAACCAGACCACCCUUCUCGGCAAGAACAAUGCCGUUUGGGGCAUCUGCCCUCAGUCCGACUAUAACGUUGACAAUGCCAACACCAUCAAGGCCGCAAGCCAAGCCGCCUGUGCCGAUGCAUGCACAAGUACGCAGGGUUGCAAGUACACCGUUUGGGAGCCCACUGGAUAUUGUCAUCUCAAGGUUCAGACCAACAACCCGAACUGGAAGGCCGACAACUACUACACAACCAUGGCCUCGCUCUACACCCUGAACAACGGCCAGCAGCUUACCAACGGCUGUUUGGGUGGUCAGAAGCAGGUGACAACGUCGAAUGGCGCCACCUUCACCGUGUGCCCCUGGGCCGACUUCAAUGUGGACAAUGUAGCCAACAAGCAAGUCUACGAUGACAAGAGCUGCGCCGAAUACUGCUCUCAGACGCAAGGAUGCAAGUACGCUGUGUACGAACCGCCUACCGGCGCGUGCUUCCUCAAAGGCUCCCCGGCCUCUCCGAACAUGAAACAGAGCAACUACUACACUGCUGUCUACGCCAGCAGCGCUUCCACCGGGGGCUCCUCUGGAUCCGGUGGCUCGGGAGGCAAUCCCAACUACCAGCCAACCAACGGCGCUGCGAUUACUGGCAACUGCCCUAACGCUGGCUCCACCUACACUUCGAAGAACAACGUGGCGUUCAACGUAUGCCCGCAGUCUGACUACCACGUCAACAAUUUGCAGUGGGUGGCUCAGCCAGACAGGAACUCGUGCAUCGAGUGGUGUAGUCAGACCGCUGGCUGCUUUUACGGUGUAUGGGACCCUGCUGCCAAGAUGUGCAACUCGAAAGGCGCUCCUUACCAGCCUACCUGGCAGCAGAAUGGCGCAUACGACUCUUUCGUCAUGACCGAUGCUUCCUACUCUGCUCCGAACACUGUAGCCAAGAAUGGCCUGUGGAGCAAGGUCAUCUCGCUCGACCUCAUCCCUGUAGCGGCGUACAUGAUCCCAGCUUACCCCGUGGUCAGCAAGUUCUUCGCUUUCGCCUCCUGGAGCGGAUACACCUUUGGCGGUGCCGCACAGCACCAGACCGCGUACAUGAGCUGGGACCUCAAUGCCAACACGCAGACCGAGUUCGUCGUUGCCAACACCCAGCACGACCAAUUCUGCCCAGGUCUCAACGCCCUGGCUGACGGUCGCCUGAACAUCAAUGGAGGAAACACCGACCAGGCUACCACCAUGUACGAUCCUUUUGCCAACACCUUCACCCGUUCUGGUAACAUGACCAGGGGACGUGGCUACCAGAGCUCGGUCACGCUCUCCGAUGGAAGGGGUUUCACGAUCGGUGGCUCGUUCACUGGAGGUAUCGGAGGCACGGAAGUCCCCCUCAAAGAUGGCGAGGUCUACGAUCCUGCUUCCAACACCUGGUCUGCGCUUACCGGUGCCAAAGUCAGCAACAUGCUCACAACCUACGACAAUGGAGGUCCCUGGCGUACCGAUAAUCACGCUUGGCUGUAUUCCUGGACGGGCGGCUCUGUGCUGCAAGCCGGACCGAGCAAGCAGAUGAACUGGUACAGCACCUCGGGGCAAGGCGGCGUGCGAGGCGCCGGUACGCGCAACGCUAACAAUGACCAGAUGUGCGGUGUGACUGUCAUGUAUGACAACGGUGUCAUCUUCUCCGCCGGUGGCUCGCAGAGCUACAGUGACAGCGAUGGGCUCACAGCUACGCACAAGAUCACGAUCAAGGGCGUCAACACCGCGCCUGCCGUCCAGACGCUGCCCAACAUGAACUACGGAAGGAUGUACGCCAAUGCGGUGGUUCUUCCGAACGGCAAGGUGUUCAUCGUUGGCGGUCAGACGUAUGGUAAGGGCUUCCAAGACACGGACAGCGUCAUGCAGGCAGAAAUCUGGGAUCCUGCCACCAACGCCUACACUCUGGUUGCGCCGAUUGCGGUGCCGCGCAACUAUCACUCGACGUUGCUGCUAAUGCCCGACGGACGCGUGAUGAGCGGCGGCGGUGGCCUGUGCUACGUGGGUGGCAACUGCCAAGGCGGCAAUCAUCCCGACAUGCAGUUCUACAGUCCUUCGUACCUGUUUGACGCCAGCGGCAAUGCUGCUGCUCGCCCUCAGAUCACCAAGCUCGCGUCGAGCCAGCAGAACGGUAACCAGAUCCGUGUCAACCCGGGCGGCACGCUCACCGUGACGCUCAACAGCGCUUCCGGUCUCAGCCACGUGCUGAUUCGAAUGGGAUCGUCCACGCACUCGGUCAACACUGAUCAACGCCGCAUCCCUCUGACCGUGAAAUCGACUUCGGGCAACACUGUCACGCUCCGCCUACCCAACGACAAUGGCGUUGUCACACCUGGAUUCUGGUACUACUUUGCCGUUGCUUCGAGCGGUGCCCACAGCAUUGGCCAAACGGUCAAUGUCCUCAAGGUCUAG